GGUUCGCGAAGCGGGCGCCUCAAUGGCGACCGGAGCCAACGCCACGCCGCUGGGCAAGCUCCACCCGCCGCCGCCACCGCCGCCCCCCCCGGGCAAGGCCGCCUACCCGCCCCCGCCGGGCCUGCUGCCCCCGCCGCCGCCUCCGCCGCCGCCCCCAGGACAGGCCGCGGCCGCAGGCCUCCGCGGCGCUGCUGGGCCCCAUGGCGGCCGCCGCCUUCCCCUUCGCCGCGCUGCCGCCCGCCGCCGCCACCCCCUCCGCCGCCGCCGCCGCCGCCUCAGCCGCAAGCCGCCGCCGCAGCAGCCACCGCCGCCGCCGCCGCCCCCCCAGCAGCAGCCGCCGGCGGCCGGGUCCCCCCCCCAGCCGCCGCCCCGGCCCCGGCGCCCUUCGGGCCCUUCCGCUACCCGUCGCCGCCGCUGCCGGGCCCCGAGCCCCCCGCGCCGGCCCAGGCCUCGCCUCAGCCACCGGGACAGGGACAGGCCCCGCCGCCGCCCCAGCAGCAGCCGCCGCCGCCGCCGCCCGGGGAAGCGGGGCGGCCGCGGGCGGGCAGGGCGAGCGGGGCCGCGGCGGCGGCCGGAGCAAAGAUUUCCCGAAGAAGCGGAAGAGGAGCAGAUGGAACCAGGACUCCCUGGAGCAGAAGACGGUCAUCCCGGGCAUGCCCACAGUCAUCCCUCCUGGCCUCACCCGGGAGCAGGAGCGAGCUUACAUAGGUCCCCUUCCCCCGAGCCCAUUUACAACAGCGAGGGGAAGCGGCUGAACACCCGCGAGUUCCGCACCCGCAAGAAGCUGGAGGAGGAGAGGCACAACCUCAUCACCGAGAUGGUGGCCCUCAACCCGGACUUCAAGCCCCCGGCUGACUACAAGCCUCCGGCAACCCGAGUGAGCGAUAAGGUGAUGAUUCCACAGGACGAGUACCCCGAAAUCAACUUUGUCGGGCUUCUGAUUGGGCCCAGAGGCAACACGCUGAAGAACAUUGAGAAGGAAUGCAACGCCAAGAUCAUGAUUCGCGGCAAGGGGUCCGUGAAGGAGGGCAAGGUGGGCCGCAAGGACGGCCAAAUGCUGCCCGGGGAGGACGAGCCCCUGCAUGCCCUGGUCACUGCCAACACCAUGGAGAAUGUGAAGAAAGCUGUGGAGCAGAUCCGGAAUAUCCUGAAGCAGGGAAUUGAGACACCCGAGGACCAGAACGACUUGCGGAAGAUGCAGCUGCGGGAGCUGGCCCGCCUCAAUGGGACCCUGCGAGAGGACGACAACAGGAUUCUGCGGCCGUGGCAGAGCGCCGAGACCCGUAGCAUCACCAACACCACCUUGUGCACCAAGUGCGGGGGAGCUGGGCACAUUGCCUCCGACUGCAAGUUCACCAGGCCUGGCGACCCGCAGUCGGCCCAGGACAAGGCGCGCAUGGACAAGGAGUACCUGUCUCUCAUGGCUGAGCUGGGUGAAGCGCCCGUGCCCACCUCUGUGGGCUCCUCCUCAGGACCCACCACCACCCCUCUGUCAAGCGGGCCCAGACCAGCAGGACCAGGAAGCAGUCAGCCACCACCAAGCCGCCCCCUGUGGAUGAACUCGGGCCCCUCGGAGAACCGGCCCUACCACGGGAUGCACGGGGGGCCUGGGGGGCCAGGCGGGCCCCACAACUUCCCACACCCCAUGCCUAGCCUGGGUGGGCACGGCGGGCACCCCAUGCAGCAUAACCCCAAUGGCCCUCCGCCCUGGAUGCAGCCACAUCACCCGCCCAUGAACCAGGGGCCACACCCUCCUGGCCACCCAGGCCCCCACCACAUGGAUCAAUACCUGGGGAGCUCCGCGGUGGGCUCCGGCGUCUACCGUCUGCACCAAGGCAAAGGUAUGAUGCCGCCGCCGAUGGGUAUGAUGCCCCCGCCGCCCCCUCCGCCCAGUGCUCAGCCGCCCCCUCCUCCCUCUGGGCCUCUCCCCCCCUGGCAGCAGCCGCAGCAGCCUCCACCGCCGCCUCCCAGCAGCAGUCUGGCGUCCAGUACUCCCUUGCCAUGGCAGCAAAAUACGACGACCACCACCACGAGCGCUGGCACCGGCUCCAUCCCGCCAUGGCAGCAGCAGGGGGCUGCGGCGGCGCCGGCUUCUACGGGGGCCCCCCCGAUGCAAGGCAACCCCUCCAUGGUGCCUUUGCCGCCCGGGGCCCAGCCCCCCCUGCCGCCCGGGGCCCCGCCGCCCCCGCCCCCGCCGCCUGGCUCCGGGGGCAUGAUGUACGCCCCGCCCCCACCUCCGCCCCCCAUGGACCCUUCUAACUUCGUCACGAUGAUGGGCAUGGGGGUGCCCGGCCUGCCGCCCUUUGGCAUGCCCCCUGCGCCCCCGCCACCCCCCCCACAGAACUGACGGACGCAUGGACGCCCGGGACUCUGCCCUUUGACCUGUGCCCACACGGGCACCUCAUGCCGAUCUCACCCUAUGGAGCCAGAUUCGGAGCGGGGCCGCAGACGCCCUCGGGGGCGCGGCUCCUACCUUCUCCUCCUCCUCUUCACUCUGCGGCUGGAGCGGACGAAGACUCGAGGCCCCGGUGAGAAGCGGCGGCGCCCCCAGGACUGGGGCACGGCUCCAUAUUGUGACCCCCUGACCCCUUCCGCAAGCGUCUCCCCCGGGCUCGGGGCCGGAGCCGCGGUGCCCCUGGGCUGGCACGGACCACCAGCCAGCGGUUUUGCGGGGGGCUCAGAGAAGGAGCCUAGCUUGGUGGGCUGCACCGGCCCCCACCCCUGUCCCCAACAUCUGGAUGUUCUGUGCGGUGGGGUCCUUGCCCCCCCCACCUUCUUAAUGGCUUUUUUUUGGUGUAACGAAUUAAACUGCAUUAAAGGGGAGGCGCUGCCAAUAAACACCCCUUUCUUUA